AUGCCUACAAAACUGCCACCCCUCAGGCCCUAUGAUUGUGCCAUAGACCUGGUCUCAGAACCGGUAGUGCCCAAAGCCAGAGUGUAUCCCCUAACACAGGAACAACAGAAGGCCCUGGACAUCUACAUUGAUGAAGCCUUAGACCAGGGCUUUAUCCACCCUUCUACCUCUCCCAUAGCCUCUGGUUUCUUUUUCAUAAAGAAGAAAGAUGGAGGCUUAAGGCCUUGUAUAGACUACAGAGCUCUUAAUAAAAUCUCCAAGGCCUAGCCAUACUCCUUGCCUCUGGUCCCAGUAGCACUAGAACAGCUCCAAGGAGCCCAAUACUUCAUCAAGCUAGACCUCCAUAGUGCGUACAAUUUAAUAAGGAUAAAAGAAGGAGAUGAAUGGAACGCUGCCUUUUUGACCACCAGGCGGCACUAUGAAUAUUUAGUUAUGCCUUUCGGGCUCUCUGUUGCCCCCUCUGUUUUCCAGACGUUCAUUAAUGAUGUCCUCCGAGACAUGUUGGGUAAAUUUGUAAUUGCUUAUCUCGAUGAUACAUUGGUGUAUUCUCCAUCCAUAGAGAAGCAUAUCUAUCACAUCAGAGAGGUUUUAAAAAGGUUGCUAAAGAAUAACCUGUUCCUAAAAGUGGAGAAGUGUGAGUUUCAUUUGCACUCAGUGGCAUUCUUGGAUUAUAUCAUUAGUCAGCAGGGGAUAGUCAUGGACAAUCAUAAGGUAGAGGCAGUGCUAGAUUGGCCGUGACCAACUUCUGUAAAGGAGGUAUAGUGGUUUUUAGGGUUCGCUAACUUUUACCAUCACUUUAUUAGGAAUUUCAGUGCAAUUGCUGCCCCUCUGACUUCUUUGCUAAAAGGGAACCCCAAGAGAAUCACCUGGAAUGAGCAUACAGAAAAGGCAUUCCGAGACCUUAAGGAAGCUUUCACUAACACUCCAGUAUUAGCUCAUCCUGACCCUGAUUGGCCUCUUGUAGUCAAAGUAGGUCCAUCAGAAAUGGGAGUAGCGGCAGUUUUGGCGCAACGGACCAGGUCUCCAUUGAAGUUACAUCCCAUGGAAUUCUUUUCUCAUAAAUUGUCCCAGACUGAAAGAAAUUAUGGUAUCAGGGAUUGAGAACUAUUGGCUAUUAAACUAGCACUAGAAGAAUGGCGGCAUUGUUUGGAGGGUGCCAACCCCAUUCACAUACUUACCGAUCAUAAAAAUUUAGAAUACCUUAGGACAGCUAAAAGGCUUAAUGCUAAACAGGCUAGGUGGUCUCUGUUUUUCUCACGCUUUCAGUUCAGUAUCACCUAUAGACUCAGAAACCGCAACACCAAGGCAGACGCAUUGUCCUGGAAAUUUCCCACCAGAACCAAUCAUGAACAGGACAAACAUCCACAUUUGAUUCUCCCCCCCAGAGGUAAAGAUCUCAUCCAUUCAUUGGAGGAUCGAUGA